AUGGAUGGCCGGCUCGAUGGUAUUGAAGAAGCUGCGAGUGGUACUUUCAACUGGCUUCUCGAGCACAAGACCUUGAAAGAAUGGAAGCUUCAGCGCCGAGGUCUGCUUUGGAUCAAGGGGAAGCCCGGGUCUGGCAAAUCAACGCUCAUGAAAUAUGCCCUGCGUGCACUUCCUUCCGUCUAUGAACAAAACGCGUUUGCAUUUUACUUCUUUUUCCAUGGCCGCGGCAACGAAUUGCAAAAAACCCCACUUGGUCUUUUCCGGUCCCUCCUGCACCAAAUACUUAAUAAAGUCCCCGGUGCACUGUGCGACCUGAUUAAAUAUUUUGAAGAUAAACAAAAGACAAUGGGCGAGCCUGGAGAAAAGUGGCAGUGGAGCCUGCAGCCAUUACAAAACUUCCUAAAAUCGGCGCUUCCAAAAAUCCUGGAAAGGUUUCCGGUCAUACUUUUUAUCGACGCACUCGAUGAAUGCGGCGAAAACUUAGCUGGCGACCUGAUUGAAUAUCUCCGCAACCUACUUGAAAGCAUUCCGUCUACCAACUUUCGACUUGGUGUUUGCUUUUCAUGUCGUCAUUACCCUAUCCUAACACUGGAUGCUGGAUCGACAAUAAAACUGGAGGACGAAAACUCUGCGGAUAUCAGAUUAUAUGUCCAAGGCCGUUUUUCCAGGUAUUAUCCAGGCGCCGAUAUCGAAAGACUAAUAUCUGAUCGGGCCCAAGGCGAGUCGCGUGGCAAUAUUAUAACCGAGAUCAAAACAACGCCGGAAGCUUUGGACGACCUUUACCGCGAGUUGACAGAAGACAUAAAAACUAUACCAGAUGCCAUAAAACUCAUUCAAUGGAUAUGUUUUUCCACCGGACCACUAACAAAGGACGAGCUGCAAUGGGCCAUGGUAAUCGACCCCAACAGCACUUGCAAAUCACUAGACGAAUAUCGAGGGUCAAAUAACUUUAUCGUCCACGACAAAAUGGAUAGAAGAAUUACGGCUUUAAGCUUCGGUCUCACAGAGGUCGUGACGUCUUCCGGCAGGCAGUUUGUCCAAAGCGUUAGAAUUCGGUCAUUUAAUAUUUAA